AUGGUGAUACAUUCGUCGUCUCCCAUGAGAACCAAAAAGGCUCGUGUCCUCGGGAUCCCGGUCAUAGAUCUCGGCCUCGAGAGGCCUAAAUUGUGCGAAUUAAUCGUAAAAGCAUGCGAAGAAUUCGGGUUUUUCCAAGUCGAAAACCACGGGAUAUCCCGGGAGGUGAUAUCUCGGGUCGAAAAGGAAGGCCUCAAUUUUUUCUCGAAGCCUGCAUGCGACAAGCAACGUGCCCGGCCCAGGCAGCCGAGCCCAUUUGGGUACGGUUGCAAGGAUAUCGGGUUCAAUGGCGAUAAAGGCGAGCUCGAGUUUAUCCUAUUGGAAGCCAAUCCUCAUUUGGUCUCACAGAGGGCCAAAUCUCUGUCCAGUGAUCCAAAAAAGUUCAGUCGUGCAGUUAAUGAUUACGUCCGUGCCGUCAGCAACCUUGCAUGUGACAUCCUCGAAAUCGCGGCCGAGGGCUUGUGGGUCCCCGAAAAAUCAACUUUCAGCCACCUCAUCCGAAACCCGACCACCACCGACUCGUGCUUUCGAAUCAACCACUACCCUUCGUCCGAUGACGUGGCAUCCAAUCAUAAUAAUAAGCCGAGGAUCGGUUUUGGCGAGCACACGGACCCACAAGUGUUGACCAUCUUAUGGUCGAACGAUGUUUGGGGGCUUCAAAUUUUGUCGAGGGAAGGCUUGUGGGUCCCGAUUCCUCCCGAUUCGGAAAGAUUGUGCGUGUUCGUGGGGGACUCGUUGGAGGCGCUGACGAACGGGAAGUUCCAGAGCGUGAGGCACCGGGCGGUUUUGUCUUCGUGCUCGGUUGGGAAUAAUAAGAGGAUGUCGAUGAUGUAUUUCGCGGCGCCGUCGUUAGAUGCGCGCGUGUCGCCGGUGGAGGAAAUGGUGUCGGAGGAGAAACCUAGCGUUUAUAGGGAGUUCACGUGGGGAGAGUACAAGAGGGCCGUGUACUCACUGAGAUUGGCCGAUAACCGGCUCGAUAUGUUUAGGGUUUGA